AUGGAGGAUCCACCGAUUGAGCGCACGACUUCGAAGGCUGAUGUUCGUGAUGAGGAGGUGCUGGCCGAGUUUGGUUAUAAGCAGGAGCUCAAGAGAGAUUGGGGGUUGACGCAUAAUUUUGGGAUUUCGUUUUCUAUUAUCUCUGUUAUUACUGGUAUUACGACGUUGUUUCAGUAUGGGCUUCUUACUGGAGGUCCUGGCGUCAUGUCGAUAGGAUGGAUCGUGGUAUCUGUUUUCACCAUGUUCGUCGCGUUAGGCAUGGCUGAGAUUGUAUCUGCUAUUCCAACGGCUGGUGGACCUUACUACUGGUCUGCGUUACUUGCGCCAGCUAAACACAGUGCUUUCGCAUCAUGGAUAACAGGAUGGUUCAACCUCCUUGGUCAAGUAGCAGUAACAACCGGCAUCUCUUUUGGCUGCGCAGGAUUAAUCUCCGUAACCGCAACCGUAAAAUCCUCCUACGAACCCACCGCUGCGAAGACAAUCGGCAUCUACGCCGCCGUCCUCAUCUCCCACGGCAUCGUCAAUACAUUCGGCGUCCACGUUCUCCGCUAUCUAAACAACACCUCCAUCCUCCUCCACUCAGCAGGUAUCACCGCCCUCGCAAUCGCAGUCCUAGCAAAAGCACCAACCCACCAAAGCGCCAAAUUCGUCUUCGCGUCUUUCAACGAUGGCACAGGUGCUGAAGGAUAUGAUGGCUGGAGCGGUCGCGCCAGUGCCGCGUACGUUGCGUGCUGUGGUGCGUUGAUGAGUCAAUACACUCUCACCGGUUUUGACGCCUCCGCGCAUCUGAGCGAGGAAACGAGAAAAGCUUCGUGGAGCGCGCCGAUUGGUGUUGUUUCGUCUGUGGGGUUCAGUUCUCUAUUUGGCUUUUUCGUGCUCCUCAGUUUCCUAUUUUCAAUACAGGAUUUUGAGGCUACGAUUGGAAGUGAUUAUGGACAGCCUGUUUUACAGAUUUUUGUGGAUAUCUUUGGGGAUGAUGGGGCGGUUGUCCUCAUGUGCCUAAUCCUAAUCUGCGUCUGGCACUGCGGCCUCUUCAGUAUGACCUCCAACUCACGCAUGAUGUUUGCCUUCGCCCGCGACGGCGGCAUCCCGCACUUCUUCCACAAAGUCGACGCACGCUUUCAAUCCCCUAUCCGCACCGUCUGGCUCGCCUCCUUCCUCUCCUUCUGUCUCGCGCUCCCCUCCCUCGGCUCCACCGUCGCUUUCGCAGCAUGCACCUCCAUUGCUACGAUUGGCUUGUAUAUCUCAUACGGCAUCCCGAUCCUCAUCGGACUUAUCUACCAUCGCGAGUUCAACGCCCGCAAGGGCCCCUUUAACCUCGGAGUCUUCUCUCGCCCGGUCGCCGGUGUAGCGGUCGCCUGGAUCACAUUCAUCACGAUCAUUUUCUGCCUCCCGACUGCGAAUCCGGUUACCAGUCAGACGCUUAAUUAUACGGUUGUGGCGGUGGGCAUUAUUGCGUUUGGCAGCUGUGCGGUGUGGGUGGUGAGUGCGCGGAAGUGGUUUGUGGGGCCGCAGAAUGAGGUUAGGGAGGCGAUGAGGUUGGGGGUUAGUGCUGAGGAGCCGGGGGCGUUGGAGAGGGCUGAGGAGGAGGAUCUGAAGGGGAAGGAGGUUGUUGAUGUUAAGGGGUAG